AUGUCUGAUGCUAUUCUUAACAGUACCAUAGGAGAUGAAGAAAUAUUAGAAGCCGUAAAGAAACUCAAAAAUAAUAAAGCCGCUGGGUAUGAUGAGGCAUUCGACACUGUCUGGAGAAAUGGUCUUUGGACUCUGUACUUUUUAAUCCCACAGACCGAUCCAAAUCGACCAAGUCUGCGUAUGCUUGUGGUGGGAUUAGAUGGGAGCGGGAAAACCGCGUUCGUGGAGUGCAUGGAGAAAGGCAAAAAAGGGAAUGUGAAACCAGAACCUACUGCCUGCUUUAGAAUGACCAUUGUCACUAUUGGAAACACUCAAUUCGACUUCUGGGACGUGGCAGGGUCGGAAUCUGUCAGGAAAGACUGGGGAAAUUAUGUCCAACAAGACACCCUUGUGAUUGUUUGGGUGGUGGAUUCAACAGCCAGUUAGGCGCGUUUACAGGAGAAUCUUAGUCUUGAAGUCACCAAAGAUAUCCCGGUCCUGUUCGUGGCAAACAAGCAGGAUUGCAAAAAUGCACUGAGUCCUCAAGAAGUGCUGCAAAAGAUUAAAGCAAAAGACAUUAUUAACAAUAGUCGUCAAUACAAAACAGUUGGCACAGAAAUCCCUCCAGGACUGAGAGCUAGAAAAGGAAUUUUCCAGGCUUAUCAAUAUAUAAAACUCUUGUGUUCUUAGAUAUAUAAUGUUCAAUUCAUUGUAUUCAUGAACAGUUAUUUUCUGCGGUAGCUCAGUGGUAGAGGAAUCCCUUUCUGAAAAGUACAUGUAGGUUGAGGGUUCCUCAACAGCGACAAACUUUAGUCAAUAUAAAAUAUUUAGCAAUGGUACUUUCGCCAAGCUCUAGGCACUUUGAAGUGGAAGUUGUGGGUAUUUUGGAAUAUGCCACAACAACCGGGAUCCCGCAUCGGGACAGGCAUACGAUAAAGAGCCAUCCCUGCAUGUACAAUGGCCCUACAUGUUAGUGCCGAACAUAGGUAUAAAAUUGAAGCCCUUCACUGGCAUAUGGUAACGACCCAUAGAAUUAUGAUCUUUAAUACAAAGACUCAAGAUGUUUUUCUCACGUGGUAGUUUUGUAGAUCUUUUUCUCAUUUCAUAAUUAUGUAGUUCUUAUUUUGUUGUCCUGAAGAAGGGACGGGUUGUCCCGAAAAAUUGACAAUAUUUUUAAUAAAUUAAAAAUUACUUUAUUGUUCGUGUCGUUGGUUGUUGUUUUAUAUAU